AUGGAUCGGGAUGGAACCACUAUGUCCCCUUCUCGAUCAAGCCUUGUCAUCGAAAACUCGAGCUACCAUUUACUCACUAGAGACAGACUCGACAAGCUUCUCGAUAGUCUGACUCACCACGAGAUUCGGAGAGUGAAGGCUCGCUUCCAGAAUGAACACUUUCCGUUCGACAUUGUUGGCAAUUUGCCGAUCGAAGUUGUGACUCUGAUCUUCAAAAACCUCCCUUUGACAGAGAUGCUACGUCUGCAGAGAGUUUCAUCGACCUGGAAAGCGCUCCUGUCUUCUCGCGACCUGCAAUCUGCUGUGCUUCUGACACGAGAGUUGACCUGCGAAAAUACCCAAGACACAGUUGCUUUCAUAAAGAAAAGGAAUCGAAUCGAGCAAGGUAAAUUCGUGUCAGAGAUUGCCUUCACGCCGCCCCACAAGGGAGCACCGCAGUGGUGCAUGGCCGCGGACUAUUCGGAAGGUCAUUUCGCAUGGAUCGAUAACACAAAAUUCACCCUCAAUGUGCUCAAUCUUUGGACCGGACAACUCAGUCAGUUUGUGACAGAAGAUCGACAGACCUUUUCUGACACAAAAGUAUCAAACGCCAUGGUAGUGGCGCUUGCUCGACGAACCUGCCAUGUAUGGAAUCUCGGAACCCAUGAAUACACCAAUUUUCAGUUGCCUCACCCCAAUUGGACGGGCAGUUUCUUGGUUCAUGGAACCAAUGCAAUGUUCAUCGGGCGGAACGACUCCAGCGGAAUAGCUGACCUCAUACACUGGAGCUUUGGGUCGCGUAUUGCACGCACUAUCCCGUGGAAGGAUGCGAGAACUAUCAAAUCCUUGAUUCUAGACCCAGACGAGGAAAAAUUUAUUGUCUUUCAUAUUGACGACCUCCCCGACAGCUCCUCCGUCCCCAGUCUAACAACCUCCUUCAUUCCAAACGUGGAGGCACACCUAGAAACCUUUGCACUGGAUGAUCGAGAAAGGGGUGGGGUCUUUCGAUCUACAUCAGACCGGAUCCAAAGUCUAUUCCUGCGACGCGAUAGCUCUGUGAGAAAAUCUCCUUUCCGCUGCGAAACACACCCCGGCCAGAUCAACCUCAAUGUCGAAGAAGAGAAUUUUUGGGAUGAAGAUCAUCCAGAUGGGUCCGAAUCCGUUGACAGCGAUGACCCGUAUGGCGCCGAAAUUUAUGACCCUGAACUUCACACGUGGGCUUCUCAGAGAUUCUUCUCCUUUGAAAGGAACCAGCAACUCGUCGUUCAUAGGGUCCACACAGUUCGGCCCUCAUUACCAGUGCCCGAAAAGCUCAAGUUCAUUUCUCCGAGCCCGGGGAUCAUUUAUUAUGCAGAGUUCCAGACACAAUGGGAAGGGGAUCCCGGCAGGGUGAUGGUUCUGCAUGCUUCCAAAUCAGACCGUGAUCCAGUUCACGAUUAUGAAGCUUAUUUCGAAGUGAGGAAGGGGCAUGGAGCUAAAAUCUACGGAGAUGGCGAUUUUAUGGUCUUUGUCAGACCUUACGAGAUGUCCAUUCAUAGCUUCAAUGACCGGGCGGUUUGGAAUCCCAGCCAGAUAAGUUGGCCAAAAGAGAUAUUGAAUCUAGGCGUAGCGAAAAAUACACUGAUUUAUGGGCGCUAG